CAUUUAGUGUUUAAUUGGCAACACUUUAAUCGUUAUGUCAUUUUCGUGACAAACAACGAAGAUCUGCCCAAAUAAAAUUUCCUUUGGAAUUCAGUGUUAUUUCGUGUUAAAAACGCAAAUUUGGUGUCUAAUAUCAGUGUUUCGUUGAUAUAGCUAAUGAUUAAUAUUCGUUACUGAAAAUGACUUCCUCCAAUACCUUGCAAAAGGCUAUUGACCUUGUCACUAAAGCAACAGAAGAAGAUAAAAACAAAAAUUAUGAGGAGGCCCUUAGACUGUAUGAACAUGGAGUGGAGUACUUUCUUCAUGCGGUGAAGUAUGAAGCACAGGGAGAGAGAGCGAAGGAAAGUAUCCGAGCCAAGUGUCUUCAAUAUUUAGAUAGAGCUGAAAAGCUGAAAGAGUACCUCAAGAAAGAUCGUAAGAAGAAACCUGUAAAGGAUGGUGAAUCUAAUUCAAAAAGUGAAGAUAAAAAGAGUGAUAGUGACAGUGAUUCUGAUGACCCAGAGAAGAAGAAACUACAGGGAAAACUCGAGGGAGCUAUUGUUGUGGAAAAACCUCAUGUCAAGUGGAGCGAUGUUGCAGGCCUUGAAGCUGCUAAGGAGGCUUUGAAAGAGGCAGUCAUUCUACCUAUUAAGUUUCCUCAUCUAUUCACAGGCAAGAGAAUACCCUGGAAGGGCAUCCUGCUGUUUGGACCUCCUGGUACUGGUAAAUCAUACUUAGCAAAAGCUGUUGCGACUGAAGCUAACAAUUCCACUUUCUUCUCUGUAUCCUCCUCAGAUCUGGUGUCUAAGUGGUUGGGUGAGUCUGAGAAGCUAGUUAAAAACUUAUUUGAUCUUGCUCGGCAGCACAAGCCAAGCAUCAUAUUCAUUGAUGAAAUAGAUUCCCUGUGCUCUUCUCGUUCUGAUAAUGAGUCUGAAUCUGCUCGACGAAUCAAAACUGAGUUUCUUGUACAAAUGCAGGGUGUAGGCAAUGAUAUGGAUGGUAUUUUGGUACUUGGAGCCACAAAUAUUCCUUGGGUCUUGGAUGCCGCUAUUAGAAGGAGAUUUGAGAAGCGAAUUUAUAUCGCUCUACCUGAAGAGCAUGCUCGAUUGGAUAUGUUUAAGCUGCACUUGGGAAACACAAGACAUAUGCUGAGUGAACAGGAUAUGAAAGUGUUGGCUGCUAAAACUGAUGGUUAUUCUGGUGCUGACAUCAGUAUUGUGGUUCGUGACGCCUUGAUGCAACCUGUUCGUAAAGUGCAAUCUGCUACACAUUUCAAAAAAAUUACUGGUCCCAGUCCAACUGACCCCAAUAAAAUUGUUGAUGAUCUUUUGACCCCUUGUUCUCCAGGUGACCCUGGGGCUAUGGAAAUGACCUGGAUGGAUGUACCGAGUGACAAAUUGGGUGAGCCCCCAGUAACUAUGUCUGAUAUGUUGAGAUCACUGGCAACAUCUAAGCCCACUGUGAAUGAUGAAGACAUGACUAAAUUGAAGAAGUUUAUGGAAGAUUUUGGCCAGGAAGGAUAGAAGGAGAUAGUUUUGGUGUUGCAUUUUGGUCAGACUUACCUUCUUUAUUGUCAAUCCACAGAUGUCCUAGAUAUCACAGUUUGGAGCACAGUGGCUUUAUAGCAGUAGCACUGUUUAUUUUUUAUUUUUGUACCUAUGUAUGGAUCUACUUUUAAUAUUUAGAUUUGUUCAUUUGCAUUAUGAUGUUAUUUGUGUGUAAAGGAAUCACCAAUCACUGCCUUUACAUGUUAAGAUUAUGGAUGAUAAAGAUAGACCAUUUACCUUUAUAGUGGUGUAGCUAUUAAAAUAUUUUUUGUAUAAAGUUGACAACACAAGUUUAUACAACAUUUGAAAUUCCUUAUGUAUCUAUAUUAAAGAAGUCUUAUUUACAAGUUUAAAAGUAGUCAAUAAUUGAAACUUGUUUAUUAUUGUUAAGUCCCUUUAGGAAUGAAGUCUUGAAUUUAAAUUACCUGUGAACAACAGGGUUACAUGUUUCAUAUUCUGCUUUCUGAAUAAAUAUGCAAAUUGUACCUACCCUUACUGUUUAAGGCCUCUGUAUCCAUAGCCUAUUGCAUCAUGAGGAAUAUACGAAUAUUAUGCUGUAGACAAUACAUUGUAUUCAUAAUUAUAAAGCCCUUUAUUCAGAUAUACAUAAUUGUAUUGAUUUACACUCUGAAAUCUAUUCUUACCGUAAUAGUGUAAAUUGAGAUCAGAAUAGUGAUUUUAUUGUGAUACAUAUUUCGGCGUAAACAAAAAAGUGCAUUUUAAGUUAUAUUCCCUAAGAUUACGCACCUAGUGUAGGCUAUUUAAUAAAAUUGGUUUUGUUUAA